UCGACCGUCCGACUCGAUGGAAGGGAUUCUGGUGUAGAAGAUUAUCGUUCUUCGGGUUCCUUUGGGUCAUGGAGUACAAUUAGGCACGAACUCGUCUGAAUUUUGUCAAAAUGACGCAGAACAGGCCGUCGUUUCUGAUCAAAGACCUCCUAGGGGAUGUGAUUGAAGAAAGUGAAGGCUGCGAAAGCGACGGAGAAGGGCCGCCAAACGCAGAAGAGAACAGGAAGGAAGAAGACGGAAAAAAUAGGAAACCGAGGAGGAGAAGGACGGCUUUUACACACGCACAGCUGGCUUACCUGGAAAGAAAGUUCAGAUGCCAGAAGUAUCUAUCUGUUGCUGAUAGGAGCGACGUGGCCGAUGCUCUCAACCUGUCAGAAACACAAGUCAAAACCUGGUACCAAAACAGGAGGACGAAAUGGAAGCGCCAAAACCAACUGAGGCUCGAGCAGCUGAGGCAGCAGGCGGUCGUGGACAAAGAAGGAGGCCAGCAGCAGAACGGUGACUGCUGUACGUCCUUUCAACCGCCCUGCACUUUUCUCUCAACAGCCGCUGCCAUUUUCAGAAACGUCACCUACGUCCAUGGUUGUCCUUUAUGAAUUGUCCUAAACGACUUGUCCUUUUGAAGAACACACAUGGGAGACCCGAGAAGAGUUUCCACCUUCGACUGUCCAAUUUUUUUGUUUCAU